ACUCGCAGGUGAUCAGUGGCUCAGCCUAGCCUGACACCAGCUCAACCCCUGACACCCCCAAAACCUGACUGGGACCCCCAAACACUGACUGGGACCCCCAAACACUGACUGGGACCCCCAAACACUGACUGGGACCCCCAAACACUGACUGGGACCCCCAAACACUGACUGGGACCCCCAAACACUGACUGGGACCCCCAACACUGACUGAGGACCCUCAAACACUGACUGGGACCCCCAGAUACUAACUGAGGACCCCCUAAUACUGACUAAGGACCCCCUGAUACUAACUGGGGACCCCCCAAAACCUGACUUGGACCCCCAAAUACUGACUGAGGACCCCUGCCUUCCUGGAACAGAGUGAAGACCCUGAAGGAAAGACAGACAGACAGGGGGUUCUUUAUAUUGCAGACAGACAGACAGGGACUCUGUGUAUUGCAUUCAGACAAAGUACUUGCUCUGUGUAUUGUAGACAGACAGACAGACAGACACUGUGAGUUGCAGACAGACAGACAGGGACUUUGUGAGUUGCAGACCCAGGACCCCCAGUGUUGACCCCCUGAAUCUCCUGUGAUUUUUGGACAAUGUGUGGCUCUAUGCUCUCUACCCACCUGCUGCUGGCUGCCCUCCUAGCCCUGGGCUCUGGGAAGUUGAUGGAGUCUGCUUGCCCAACAACCUGUAUCUGUCCAAAAGAGGUUCCAUUGUGCCGACCUGGCACCAGCCUAGUGACCGACGUGUGCGGCUGCUGUAAAGUUUGUGCCAGACAAUACAACCAGGAUUGUGAUUGGAAUAACCCAUGUGACCAUAUCAAAGGCUUAAACUGUGACUUUGGAGCAGAUCCUUCGUCUACCAAGGGCAUCUGUCGAGCAAAAUCAGAGGGCCGACCAUGUGAAUUCUUUGGGGAGAUCCACCAGAAUGGGGAGAACUUUCAACCCAACUGCAAACACCAGUGUACCUGCAUGGACGGGGUAGUCGGCUGCAUGCCCCUCUGCCCACAAGAAAUGGCACUACCUAGCAUUGACUGCACCAACCCCAGGUUGGCCAAGGUGCCAGGACAAUGUUGCGAAGAAUGGAUCUGUGACAGCAACCACAUAUCGGAAGACUCUAGCGAUACCACUGGAGACGUAGAUGACCCUUUAAGGUCAUCUGAAGAGAUUGAAGAACAGACAGACGUGGAGCCUGUGUCUAGCAACGAGCUGAUAAGUUUGGUUCGAAAUGGAUUCAAGGUGGAGAUGGGUCUCGCCCCACAUCCACAACCAGGAAAAUUACGGUGUGCCAUUCAGACUACAGAAUGGUCCCAGUGCUCAAAAUCAUGUGGUAUUGGCAUGUCUACCAGGGUCACCAAUGAUAACCCUCACUGCAAGCUAAUGAAGGAGACCCGACUGUGCCAGAUCCGCCCCUGCAAAGACCCCUUCCCCAGCAAACCCAAGAAUGGGAAGAAAUGCACCAGGACCAAGAAGGCCAAACAAGCUGUUCACUUCACGUACGCAGGCUGCACCAGCGUACGGCGGUACAAACCGCACUACUGUGGCUCUUGUACCGAUGGACGGUGUUGCAUCCCCUCCAAGACACGGACAAUGCGUGUCCGCUUCCGCUGUGAGGAUGGAGACACUUUCCAGAAGAGUAUGAUGUGGGUGGAAAAGUGCAGAUGUCACCAAAACUGCCCUUAUCACAGCGAGUUGUCUUACCCUCACUAUCGAUUACACAAUGACAUUCACAAGUUCACAGACUGAGGAGCAAGCUCGGUUUUAUCGGACAAAUUGGUCGGAGACCAUGGGAGUUGGCUCCACAACCCUAGAACAAUUUCCACCAUGUGGUCCAGCCAGCAGCUAUUGGAAGGGACCUAAUACUGGAGAGAAAUUGUGUUUGCACGGAGACGCAUCCAUGUGGUCUAGAGUUAACCAUACAUUACCACUGACACUCCUACAAACGAGUCAAGACGGAAAAGAUUUGGAUGCACGUCAUGGGCUUAGUGAAAGUCAAGAUGGGGUAAUGAGAAUCCACCAUGCAGUAUUACACAAACGCCACCCAAGUGGAAUAACUAAAUUGACCAGAGGCCUGAUGUGCUUGCUGCAUGAUUCCCAAAUUUAAGAUAGAAUUGAGGUAUUUGUUAGGUCAAUAGGAGCAGAAGCAAUAGGAAUAUGAAAAGGUUAUUUGCUCCCCUGUAGAUAUGCUAGCAGACAGCCAAGGUAUAGGCUUUAUGUCCCUGGGUAGUGGAGAAUGGAUGAUUACUUUUUAUUUUUGUUACCUAACGUAGCUUGGAUGUAGUUUGUUUGAGUAGCAGGACAGAGUGCCCUGUGAUUGUUUGCGUGCCUCCUUCUUUGCCCUAUUACUGUGCAAGGGAGGUCUCUUGGUAAAGACCAAAGUCCAAUAUCCGUGUAGAAAUCCUACCAAAUAGAGUUCUCAGUACUGAGAUGUUGGACUUUCCUGUAUCUGUGACACACUGGUGUGGUACUAACUUCACCAGUUAUUAAAUGGAGUAGUUUGAGUCACAUCUAAUUCGUGCAGAAGAUGGAAUCUGAGUCCAAGUCUUGAAAGUAUCUCCUCAACGAGGGUGUCCUGCAACUCCGGGUUUCAGUGGUGAGCAUGUAGGUCACAAGUUCCUUUAUCUUUAGCCAAUGGACCUUGGAAUUGUAAUUCAAUGUUAACGGCCCAAUACCUUUUGAAGAAUUGUGAUAGUUCAUUAGACCUUUCUCCAUGUAUUAUUGUGGAUUUGUAGCAGAGUUAGAUUGGUGGGAAAAAAAAACAGCUGGCUUCUUUGCCAGAGUGGGUUUAGGAACACAUCUACUAAGGAUUGAGUAGGUAGAGUUGCCAUUUGCAAAAAUAAAAAUCUCAAACCUCAAAAUACAUUUUAAAAUCUAACAUAAGAUCUUCAUGGACCGCCUGUAUUCACAAGGUCUGUUUGCCACAAAUGUACUUAGUCACCGUUUCAAACACCCAUGGUACUUUCAGUAUCAUUACUAUGGUCUGAUUUAUAGAAGAGGAUCAUAGGGAAAUUGUUAAACUGUUUAUGUGCUGGGUUAAAAAAAAAAUGCUCUUAACUCCAAUGUGACAGAUCCUCUCCAAACAAACCGUUAAUGUGCCUUAACGUGUGUCAAUAAAACUCUGGAUCAAUUA